AUGACGCAGGCUUACGCCCCACUUACGCCUCCCUACUACGGUUCUCCGCCAUACCAAGGUUGUGUCCCCACCAUGGAAGGAUCUUCUCCGCCUAACCCUACUUCUGCGUCUAUGGUUACCUCUACGUACUUGAUGACUAGCAACGUGAUCAACGCUGGACGCAGCGGAAAACCUACAAGGCCCUUCAAGGCGUACCCAAAGGACCCUCUGGCACUCAGCUCAUUCCAGGACUCGACAGAGGAAUACAUCGAGUUCCGCCAGCGGAUGUUGGCGCAGCUGGAGCUGGUCAGCGGACGCAACAAUAGCAACAUGCGAAGGUCUAACAGUCCGCAGCAACCGUCAUCUACUGCGGAACUGGACGACAAGACAGCAGCCUACUGGGAGCGAAGGAGAAAGAACAACGAAGCUGCUAAGAGGUCAAGAGAUGCAAGGAGGGCAAAGGAGGAUGAAAUCGCAAUCCGAGCUGCGUUUUUGGAACAAGAGAACCUUAAGUUGAAAUACGAGUUGGCGACACUGAGAACGGAGACAGCAAAACUUAGACAACUGGUGUGCAACAGAUAAACAUAGUUUUGUGUCACCCUGUAAAUAGUAGCGUAGGGUCUCUGAAUCUAAGUCAACCAGGCACGGGUCAACCGCCUUAUUUAUAUUUUAGAACUAAGAUCACACUUUGUAUAUAACCUCUUCUUCAAGUAUGUUUUUUUUUGUGAAUG